GCCUGGUCUUUUCCACUACCAUACUGUUGCCGUAUUCUGCCAGAUUGUUGGCAUUCCACUUCUUUUCUGCCUUUUUCCGUUUGCAUUCACCUCGAUUCCACUAGCAUUGCAGCUUCAGGUUUCUGGGGUUUAGGGAUGGAUCCCUUACUUGGGUUGUGGGGAGUUUUAGAAUUCGCAGCUCGUUGUAGGUUGUUUUGGGUGGAGUGAGGGUGGAUGUGGUGCGGUUCGAGAUUUGGUGCCACCUGAGUCAGAGUAAGACUCUGAGAGAGUGGAUCGCUUGAUGGCGACUUUAUUUGCGUAGGCGGUACGUGGAUUUUGAGAGAAUUGGAUCGUGGAGAUGAAGAAUGUCGCAGGCGAUGCGUUAUGGCAGGCCUUCAUGUCGCAAGAAGACUACGAGGUGCUGCGAGAAGAGGAAAAAGUGUGCACCAAGCUGCAUAAGCCCUUGGCAAUGGCGGGAGUGAUAGUUGUGUGGGCAGCGGUGGUGGUUUCGAUGAUGAUCAUGGUGGACGUAGUGUUUGCAGUUAGUGGCGACGAUUUUCCUUUCUGUCAGCAGAGGCGUCUGGCAAAGUUCAACAUGGCUGUGGCGCGUGGUGGCUCGGGGCGUGGAGAUGUUCCAUCGCAUGUGUACACGGAGGAGGAGGCAGUCGACAUUUUCUGGCUGGUUGUGUUUCUUCCGUCAUCCGUUGUCUUUGUCUGCUCCUCCAUCUACCUAUUUGCAGGGAUUUCAGUGGCCUACAUAGCUCCCGAAAGGCAUAGCUGUCUGAAGGUUGUGGAGAACGACUGCUGCGCAUCAAACCGAGGUGGUGUGCGGUGUCUUGCAACGCUCAACGUUUCCUUUAUGAUAGCAUUUGUGCUCCUUUCCAUAUUCUUGGGCUGCUUCGUUUUGAGCCUGGGUACCUCGUGCUCUAUUGCGUUGUUCUGGUGCUAUGAAGUUGCAUGCUGGGGCCUCGUCAUCCUCUUGGCAUCUACUGCUUUCUUUCUGCAGAGAAAAACUGCGGUGAUCAUGGACUUGGGUGAAUACUGUGGCCAUCGCGAAAGGGGCGUUGAACUGCUCGAAGCAAUUCCUGUCAUCCCUGAGAUGGAUGAUCGUGGUGUCGUUGGAGUCAAGUCUUCGAUGGACCCUGCUCACACUCUUCUCCCGGAUGAUGAAGAGAGCAACAUCCAUGUUACUCUUCGUGGUCUGGACGAUGUCUGGGAGGGAGAUGCUUCUGAGUUUGUGGGAUCCUCUGAGCAUCUGGCAAAGCCAAGCAUAGGCUGAAAAGUAUUGACUGCUACUCAAGUUCGACUGAAAAUGACCGAUUUUACCUUCCAACUUUUUCAACAGGAUGGGCUUUUCCGAACCAGCUAGGCUGCAGUAGCACCGUGAAGAAAUAUGGUCCGUAUGCACUUCGCACAGGGUGUGCAGCAUAUUGACUGAAAUUCGGAGUGUGUAGCGGCAGAGCUAUCCUAUUUACUUUACCAAGGCUUUUAUUUUCAAGAGGAGAGAAUCUCCACAAAUUCAAAAUUGCAUAUGCAAGAUCAGCCACGGUCUGGAUACUGGUUGUGAUGAAUACAAAUGCUAGGGGAAUGUAGUGUUCAAGCAUGGAACAGUGAACCUCCCAGCAGCUUUGCUGUAACUUUCAUUUGAUUAUUAUUCUGUGUGAAACCUUUAUAAGUUACAGCAAAGAAGAGCUGAGAAGGAAAAAAAGAAGAUAUGGGCUUUGUUGUAACUGUGCAUACGAAGAUUGUUCAGAGCAUAGGUUUUCGAACUAUUCACUAUUUUCUUAAACAGGGUUUGAAGGAACUGAGAUUACUGACUUGGACUUGGAGAUGAUUAGGAUAUGAAGUCUUAGAUUGUACCUAUUGAGGUUUGUUGAGAAGAUGCAAAUCCAAAACAACUCAUCUGAUUUGUGUUACCAAACAUAGAUGUUCAAAAUAGAUGUCAAAAAUAGUUAUGCAUUACCUUAGCAACGUGUUUCACGACUUAUUUAGGAUUCAUGUCCCCUUCUAACCCCUAUUCAGCAAAUGGGUAGACCUAUUUGACUAAUGAAUUGAUCUUUGAUUGCA